CAAGCUGUCAAGUGGAUGAGUAAGCCAAGAAAAAGAGAAAAAAAGAAACAUCCCGUGCAGUUCGCUUUUCCAGCUGCUUGCGCGAGAAAACAUACGAAAAAGUGUCGAUAUUCGGUGUCCCAUCACCCAUCGUGUAGUUUGCUAAACCCACCUUCCACCUUCGGUAGGCGUUUGGAGUGAGGUGGUGUUGGUGUUGCAGGCGUGACGCAGCCAAGAUUGUGAAGCUCGACAAGUUGUAUCGCGGCGGCUGCUACGGGUGCGGUGAUAUUGAGCGCACGGCACAAUGGCAGGAUUGAACGACAAUCCGUUCGGCGAGCCGGAGAUUGACAAUCCGUUUGCGGAUCCAUCGAUACAGCAGAUCACGAGAAACACUACCAGCUUGCAACAGACCCUCGACGACUACCGACCGUUCGACAAUGAUCGCAACGUGCUGGGAAAUGGCAGUGGCGCGAGCCAGCCGGCCACGCUGCAUCCGUCCACACAGUCCCCGCCGGUGUACAACCAGAGCGGUGCACAGUUUCAAACGAACAGCAAUGGGGCAAUGGCCGCGAGCGGAAGCAAACCGGACGGAAUGACACAGAUCUCGACCGCUGAGCUUGAGAAUCUUCGGCGUGCCCAGGAAGAGUUGGAGCGCAAAACGCGCGAACUGGAGCGCCGGGAAGCGAACAUGAUGCGCAGCACGAACGGACAGCCGAACAAUUGGCCCCCGCUGCCUGCGUUCUGCCCGAUGCAGCCGUGCUUCUACCACGACAUCAGCCUCGACAUUCCGUCCGAGUUCCAGAAGACGGUCACCCGUCUGUACAAGCUGUGGAUGUUCUAUGCGCUCGUGAUGGUGGUCAACAUUCUCGGCGGGCUGGUCAUACUGAUCCACUCGGGCGAGUUCCGCACGUUCGGGUUGAGCAUCUUCUAUGCCGUGCUGUUUACUCCUGCAUCCUUCCUGUGCUGGUAUCGCCCAGCGUACAAGGCCUUCAAGACGGACUCGAGCUUCAACUUCAUGAUGUUCUUCUUCAUCUUCUCCUUCCAAGCGCUCGUGACCACCAUACAGACGAUCGGGUUCCCCGGUUCGGGCACGUGCGGCGUCAUCAUGGCCAUCAGCCAGUUCAGCUCGGGCUGGGGCGUCGUCGUUGGCCUGUUCCUGAUGUGCAUAGCACUUGCCUACGGUACCUGCGCUGCGGGCAACAUAUUCAUGCUGACCAAGAUACACCAAAUCUACCGCUCGGGCGAUAAGAUCACGAUGGGCAAGGCACGCGAAGAAUUCCAGAGCCAGUUUAUGAGCAACUCGAUCGUGCGGGACGCGGCCGCCGGUGCCGCCCGUGCCUCCGUCUCGAGCACCCUGAACAGCCCAUAUUGAACAAACCGUACCGAGCGCACACAACCGUUCGAUGCGAUGCUGGCCCCCUCCCCCGCCAGCCUAUCUUUCCCUCAUUCAUCGCGCGCGUGGUCUCGUGGAUAGGCGGCAGGAUUUGGCUCCCCCGACUUUCUAGUGUCUCUAGCCAUGUCCCACACUCCCGCACACCCUUUCCGCGGCCGGAAAGAUAGCAUGAGGGCAAACAGUGUAGCACCACCACCACCACCACCACUGGCGUUGCUACCGUCUUGGAGGGAAACGUGUGUCUAUGCUAGGACCUAGAUGUGUGUACGUGUGUGUGUGUGUGUGUGUGUGUGUGUGUGCGUAUGUGUGUGUGUGUGUGCGCGUAUGUGUUGUCCUAUGUCAGUCUCUAAUCCCGAUUCCAGCUGGCGCAUGGCUUCCAUUCUGUUCUCAUCCAUGCCUGUGUCAUUUCCGCACCGUUUUGGAACACCCUUCCCAUCGGGAAUUACAUCCAUUGAGGAACUGUAUCCCUUUCCUCUCGACUUGAGGACGUUUCAAUUCGUUAUUAUGUUCCUUUAUAUGCUUCUAUGGCUAUGGCUUGUAAAGUAAAUCCCACCCGAAUGAAAUUGAUGUGUUUUCGUCGAUGUUUUAUCAUGUCGGUGAGGUCAUUUUCCCCAUUUUCCUUUACGCUCCCUUCCCCCUCUCCCGUCCUGUGCGCUUUUUCGCUUGUUUAUGAUUGGACCAGUCGCCACGCGGUAACCGACCGUAAUUGUAGGGAUAAUAGGAUUUGGUUGAACGUAAAUGUGUCAAAAAUGUUUAAAUUAUUACCGACACAUUAUCUACUACACGCACCAAUAGUGGAGGAUGUGUGUGUUGAUACUUACACGAAACGAAUGAGCGUAAAGUAGGCUAUGCUGUGGAUGGGGGGCUCUAGUAUUUGAAAUCUCUUCUUUGUUUCCUACUAUGCACAUCCCACAGAGCGCAGAUUUAUUAAUUAAUAUAGUAAGAGGACAAACUCUCACGUGUGCUAAAGAAAGGCUAGAUGUAACCUGAUAAUUGUGAGAAAGGAAAUAUCUUAAUUACAAGAAUUGAACAUUACUAACGGCAACCCCAUACCAUUAACAAGAAUCCAAAUCCAAUAUUCAUUUUCCUAAAACAAAAAGACAUUUAGAAGGAAUAGUAGGCGAAUUGUUACUAAUUGAUAGCGCAGAACACGAGCGCGCAGCAACCGAACGAGGAUCGCUUGUUUUAUCUAACAUCAACAUCUAAGGUACAUACAUAUAAUUUAUUAUGAUGCACUUUUACCCCACAAAUUGAGGAAAGUAGAGUGUGCAAGGGAAUAGAGAUUAAACUCAUAACAUUAUGUGCUCGAUGUGAAAUUUCUAAUGAACGAAUAAAACUAUUCACUGUACCCAUUCACAACCAGCAGA